AUGCCGAACAUCGGCGACGAUUCGCCGUCGCUCACUAAUAGCCGAAUAAUCGCUGAACUUCCAUUACUGGAUACGAUCUGUUACGAAGAAAUACCACAUAUCACCCCAGGCAUGGGUUUGGUGGCGAGUUGUGUACUUUCUGUAACAGCAGAUGACAGGGUUUGUAAAUUCUGUUACGGUGAGGACGAUCAAAACAGUCGGUGGUUACGACCAUGUAUGUGCAGCGGAUCUCUUAAAUGGGUUCACGUAAGAUGUUUCGAUCACUGGAUGGAAAAAGCACCCGCACAACAACAAGUGCAAUGUCAGACAUGUCGGUAUGUCUACGUGAAAACCUGGGUUUUGAAACCUUUCGCCGAAUGGUGCCGCCCAGCAAUUAAACUUUCUGCUUGGGAAUGUAUUGAAAUAUUUCUCGACACCUAUUCUACUUAUAAGUUCUUACGCGGAUUCAUUUUAAUGUUAGAUGGCCAUAGGUCUGUUGUAGUGCAGUGCCUUCACUUCUUGUUCUGGCGAAUUUUCAUCGCUACCGAUCGUCGACUGGCUUACUACGGUUCCUUAGGGAGACAGUUGUUGUCAUCCAUCUUCGAGAUUUCCGUCAAAGAUUUCGUUCCUCAAUCGGAUGAAUCAUCCGAGAAAUCAAGUGAUUUCGGAUCGCCGACGCCAGUUUAUAAUGAAGAAGUGCUCUGA